AAUUGGUUGUAUCCUUCGAAUAAUCAAGUGAGUUGCACACACUUUGCUCUGUUUAUUUAUUAUAUUCAAAUAAACUAAUAAGUUUAACGUUUUAAAUUACAUCAUCACAUUAAUUAAAUCAUAUAAAUGUUGAAAAGUAAGUGAACCAUGGAGAAACAGUCGAAAGUCAAGUCAAGAAAAAAGUUUGUGCAUCCAGUUUUCCAUUUGCAAACGAAAAACGACGAUGAUACACACAUUACCAAAGAUGUAAUCAAACAGGUGAAGAAAACUGGUAGGCUCAAUCUAUCUUCCAAACAUUUAGUCAAUGUGCCACCAAAAAUGUUCAGUAUGUAUGAUAUGGAAGAAGAUAGAGCAGUAACAAUUGAUUUUAAUAGCUCCCUGAAGGAUGAUGAAGCCUGGUGGUCUGUAAAACCUUUAACACACCUGGAUCUCAGCUCAAAUGUAUUGACCAGUAUUAAUGAAGAGAUUGGAAUGUUUCAAGAUUUAGUCUCACUUAAUCUCCAAGACAAUAACAUUAGUGAGUUGCCUAAGUGUAUUGGAAACUUGAAACAAUUAACAAAACUUAAUUUGAACCAUAACAAGAUUAACAAAUUGCCUGAUGAACUAUGUACUCUAACUGAACUAAAAAUAUUUUCUGUAAGCUACAACCAUUUGGAACAGUUACCUGAGGCGUUUCCUGAUUUGGUGAUGUUGCAAAAAUUGGAUUUAUCUAACAACUGUAUCUCUAAUCUACCUUCUGGUUUAGGUUUUCUAAUUCGUCUUACUGAGAUUAACUUUUCAAACAACAAAUUAAGGGAGCUUCCUCCUGACAUUGUUAACUUAAGGGAUUUGCUGAAGUUGGACCUCCGACAUAAUAAUUUGCAAGCUCUACCAGACAUGGGAGAAAUGAGAAAACUACAGAUAUUAUAUGCUACUCACAAUGAUAUAACUGAAAUCCCUAGUUUUCAAGGUUGUGAUCAAGUUCAAGAAUUAUAUUUUGGAAACAAUUACAUUAAAGAAAUACCUGAAGAUUUUUGUGAACAUUUGAUGCACUUAAAAAUACUGGAAUUAAGAGACAACCAAAUUGAAACCAUACCUGAAAAUUUUUGUUUGCCCCACUUAAUUAACUUAGAUUUAACCAACAAUGAAUUAACAAGCAUUCCUAACAAUUUCGCAACUUUCCCACAUUUACAAACUCUGAAGCUAGAAGGCAACAAACUUAGACAAAUUAGAACUGAUAUUAUUAAAGCAGGCACAACCAGAAUAUUACAACAUUUGAGGGAAAAACAAAAGGAAAGUCAAGAAAGUACAAUAACACCAAAGGUAUCUUUGGAAGAAGGGCAAUUUCCAGACAGAUUUACCAUGAGAAAUGGUAAUAUGUUGAAUUUGGCAAUGAAAAAUAUCUCACACAUUCCAGAUGAAUGUUUUAAUGAAGCUAAGGAAGCUAAUGUCACCAUUGUUGAUAUUUGCAAAAACAUUUUCACAGAGGUUCCUUCAGGUUUGAAGCUCAUCAUUGGAAACAUCACAGAACUCAACUUGUCCUUCAAUCAUAUAAAAUUUCUGCCUGAAUGGCUAAGUGAAUGUGACAAAUUGAAGUAUUGCAAUUUGUCUAAUAAUUUAUUGGAUAGCCUUCCUGAAUCCAUGGGACAAAUGGUGUAUCUAAGAGAGCUGGUACUUUCAAAUAACAGGUUUGUGUCAAUUCCUGGAUGUGUCUAUGAGAUGGUGGGACUUGAAAUACUUUUGGUGAAUGAUAAUUCUUUGUCAGACAUAAACAUUGAAGGACUUAAAAUGCUUACCAGAUUGGCUACAUUAGAUUUAUCAAACAAUAAUAUAGCCCAUGUGCCUCCAGAACUAGGAAAUUUGACACAAAUAAGACAUAUUGAACUCAGGGGAAAUUCAUUUAGGCAGCCAAGAUAUGCUAUACUUGAACAAGGUACAGAAUCAGUAUUAUCUUAUUUAAGAGAUAGAAUUCCAAAGUGAUAGAUUUUAUUUACUGAACAUUAGUCUAGUCAAAUUGCUUUGAAAUUUAAGGCCAUAUGUAAGUUUAAAUAUUGUGUUAUUGUUGAUAUUUUUAUUAUUUGCCUAUUGUGUUUUUAUCCUUAUUUUAUAAUGUGUUAUUUUAUGGUUUAUUGUGUGUAAAAUGAAGAUGAUGUAAUUUUUUAACAUAAUUUAUUCACUAUUAAAUGUCACACUAACAGUUUGAUAAUUAAAAAUAGAAAACACCGCAA